CUGGCCUCAGUUAAAAGUGGCGGCCUCGCUGAGGUUCUGAUUGUCUUGACCUUAUUAAGGCGGGACUUCCUGCCUGUUAAAACAAACAAACAAAUAAACAACAAAACUGGGGUCAGCUUUCUUACCUGAGAAAUCAGGUACAGGCUGACAUAAGUGGGAUGGACUCUCCAUUAAGUACUGAGACAAAGUCUACCACCAGAGAGUGCACAUGGCUUGCCAGCAACACCGAAUUCUUUAACAGCCUGAGAAAACAGGGCAUCUUCUGUGAUGUGACCCUGGUGGUCCAGGGAAAAUACUUUCCUGCACACAGAAUAGUGCUAGCUGCAGCCAGCCAUGUCUUCAGACUUAUGUUCACCACCAAAAUGAAGGAGUCGGUGUGUCCUGAGGUGGAGCUCAGGAGUGUUGAGCCUGAGAUCAUUGAGCUGUUGCUUGAAUACAUUUAUACAUCACAGCGUGUCAGAAUUUCAGUAGACAGGAAUAAUGUCCAGUUACUGCUGAAUGUGGCCAACCAGUACCAGAUUGAGCCGGUGAAGACGCUGUGUGUGAAGUUCAUUAAUGGACAGAUUGAUGCAACAAACUGCCUGGGUAUUUCAGCCCUUGCAGACUACAUGAACUGUCCAGAGCUUCAGAUGGCAGCAGAGGAGUUUGUCCAGCUCCACUUUGUUGACGUCUGCAGACUGGAUGAAUUUCUGCAACUGGACAUUGCACAACUCACACAUCUGCUGCAUCAGGACAAACUUUCUGUCUGCUCUGAGACGCAGGUCUAUGAUGCUGCAGUGCGCUGGUUGAAGUACAACAUCUCUAACAGACAACAGCAUGUUGCGGAGGUUUUGAGAUGUGUUCGCCUACCUCUGGUCUCCAAAACCUUCCUUUCAGAGACUGUAAAGACUGAGCCACUCUUCAAGGACAACCCAGACUGUCUCCAGAUGAUCACAUGUGCAAUGUGCAAGAACCUGCGGUCCAGGGAGGACCUUGGAAAGGGCAGCCAACCACGCCGCAAGAAGCACAACCACUGCAUUGGUUUGUUUGAGGGUCCCCACGGCUUCUACUUUGACCCCAGGGACUCCAGCUGGAUGAGCAUCAGUUGCCAUUUUGCAAAACGCCAGAACACCACAGCUGUCGUCUGGAAUGGAGUGGUCUACAUCUUAGGCGGCUCAAACAAGUUUCCCAUCAAACACACAGACUGCUACAACAUUCUGGAGAACAGCUGGUACUCCAAGCCAGGACCAACGCCUCGAGACAGUAUGGCUGCAUGUGCUUUUGAGGGCAAGAUCUACACAUCCGGGGGAUCAAAAGUGGGUGCCUUAGCUUUGGAUCUUUUUGAAAGUUAUGACACAGUGACGGAGUCUUGGCAGGUCAACACCAGCAUGCUAGUGUCCCGCUGUAGCCAUGGCUCAGUGGAGGCCAAUGGGCUCAUUUAUGUUUGUGGAGGAAUGGCUGGCACUGGUGUUUCUGGCAGGGUCCUCAGAAACUGUGAGGUCUAUGACCCCAGCGCACAACAAUGGAGGACGUUGCAUGAAAUGAGAGUGGCCAGGAAGAACCAUGGACUAGUGGUUGUUAACAACAGGAUCUACGCUGUUGGAGGGCAAGGGUCAACUGGUGGAUUGGACUCAGUGGAAUACUAUGAUAUUGCCAGUAAUAAGUGGCAUGCUGUCUCAAGGAUGCCAUGGAGAGGUCUAAAUGUGAAAUGUGCAGCUGUUGGUGAUGUCAUUUAUGUGGUGGCAGGCAAGGGGCUAGGGGCACAGUGCCUCAGAAAUGUCCUAGAAUACCACACACAGAGCGACAGGUGGGUAACUUCCAAAGCUCAAGCUUUUGCCUCCACCAGCUGUGUUAUCUGCAUGGUUGACCCAUGAGGAUUCAGUGGAGACGGCCACAGGCUGCAUCGUGAUGUUUUGUUUGAGACCCCAGCAUGAAGCCUUUGUGGAAUAGUGAGUUGAUUUACACAAGGACUGACAUCUGAAAGUUUUAAUAUUUAAGUGUAUGUUAAUAUAUCUUUUUAACUUUGUUCAGCAGUAAAAAUGAUCUUACUUGUAAAUGUUUGGAUAUCUACUGUGUAGAUGUUUUU